UCCCACCCUUGUCUUCGACGUUCUCGAAUGGACAAACGAUCAGACGGGUAGCUGCCAGGAGGGAGCCCUUAAAGACAGGACACAUACGACCGCCCAUUUAUCACUAUGCCCCGCGCACCAUUGUCAAUAACAGGCAGAAUGCCUUCUUUCAGGAUAAUCUGCACAGUUCUAGCAGGCGUCUUUUUGUUCAGUUUUGGAGCUCUCCUGCUCAAGCCCAUGAAUUAUGGACUGGACCUACAGGAUCAGCCCGCCUAUUCUGCUAUCAUCAACUUGCAGUCACCAUAUGUCCAAGGCCCACCCACCCAACGCUUUCGAGAUAACCUUCGUAAUGAUACGAAAUACAUUACUUCUUGGGCUUCAGCGGGAUGGACGAACGACGUGAUAACAUAUGGCAAUUUGAUUUACCUGGCUCUCAUAACAGAGCGUAUACCUAUACUCCCGAAGUUCCUCUCUUCUCAUAUCGACAAAAGUGCACCUCCGUUUACUUUUGGGGACGUGAUUGACAUCCCGCGGCUUAGCCAAGCCAUUGGGAUUCCCUUGCUUCAAUGGCACGAAGUAAAAGACUCGGAGAGUCAGGUUCUCGAUGACCUUGGGUGUUGGAGUAUCUGGGAAACUGUUCAACAGCACAUACAGAAUCCCCAACCACGGGGAAGUCCCUCCCUGAACCGGCUCAAGCUCGAUAUCUCGUGGACGAAAGCCCCAGAUUGGGUGAAGCUGACGGCUCCUAACAAAGUAGACAACCAUGCGUCCUUUUGGUCCCUUGCGGCACUUGGGUUUCCAGAGGCUCGCUCGAACAGUUUGGGGUCAAAGAAUUAUCCUUCUCCUCAGCAUCAGGUUUCCCUUCCUCCGGACGAUCACGUACUAUGCUUCGAUUUUCUUUACUACAUAAGCGCGCAUCAUACAUGGGAAUGGGAAUUAGACUAUUCUCCUGCAUGGAGAUUCGUAGGCCAACACAUGCGAUGGAAUGCAACCAUAGAACGGAUUGCCGAUGAGCAUGCCCGGCGCGCGAUGAACGUGCCGAAAGAUAAACCAACGCCUCCCUAUAUAUCCAUCCACAUACGGCAUGGUGACUUCAGUCAAGAAUGUAUUGACAUUCCUUUGGACCAGUGCUUCGCUUCGUUGCCUGUCAUUGCGCGCAGGGUGUCCGAAGUACAAGAGGAGCUUCGCACACAAAAGGGGAUUGAGGUGACACAUAUUAUCAUGACGAGUGACGAGAGUGACCCGGAAUGGUGGUCAGAGGUCAGGGCAUUAGGCUGGACGUGGGUAGAUUAUGUGGCAGAGCGGACAGAGGAGAUUUAUGGAAAGUGGCAUCCGGUGUUCAUUGACGCUAUCAUUCAGUCGAACGGAGCCGGCUUCGUCGGCACUCGUGGCUCCACGAUGUCUACCCUAGCUAUCCGCAGGGUGCAGGCGUGGCAUGACGGACCAUCUCGGAUCGUCAAAUGGGGGUGGCUGGGCGCUGAUAACCACUGAUGUGAUCGCAAUGGUGGAUAACCUUGCGCUGCAAAGAUUGGCUGAAAUGACCCUUGUUGUUGUAUUUUCUUUAUAAUGUGCACAACCGUCGCUCCUUGUCUCGAACCCACGGGCGGAGGCAACAGGAGCUCGAUGAUCUUCUUCGUGUAUCGACUGGGACUGAGGUUCAGUAUC